CGACAUAGUUCCCUUCGACACUCCGCUGGACGACCAGAAAUUUUACAUUCUUAUGGAUUAGAGGCGUGUUUUUUUCUUCUUAUCACCAUUGCUCAAUUUCUUCUAUAUUUUCGAUUCGAGCCACUGUUACAUAUCCUGGUUGAUUUGUACAGUGAAUUUCAACGGCUGUGAGACAAUCAUUCACACAUUUUCUCAACAAACCAGCUCUCAGACGUCAAGUAAAGCGGCAUCACUUUCGGCAUAGGAAGGGAGAAAGAGUGUCGAAGGGUAGAGAGAAAAAAUGAUAGGAUCGGGCUAUUGGUCGAUACGGAAGGCUGCGAUAUUGGCGACUGCGUUCGUAGCGACAGGGGUGCUUGGUGACGAUAUCUUGGUCACAAGUGGAUUCACCAAUUGCAACAACAAUAGUGAUAUCACUGUUGAUAAAGUCGAUAUAAGGUAUAACAAUGCCGAUAAAACAGUUACAUUCAACGUUGCUGGCACAAGCGCCAAAGAACAGAAUGUUACGGCGAAGUUGACGGUAAAGGCAUUCGGUCAGGAUGUGUAUUCCAAUGAGUUCAACCCUUGUGCCGCAGACACCUUCGUCCAGCAACUCUGUCCUGUACCUCCGGGCCACUUCGGUGCCAAUGGGACACAAGCUAUUCCGCCGGAAUUUGCUGACAAGAUUCCCUCGAUUGCAUUCCAAAUUCCCGAUAUUGCAGCCCAAGCCAAGCUUGAACUUACAUCACUUGAUGACAACUCUACAAUCGGUUGUGUUCAAUCUGAAGUGACAAAUGGCAAGACGGUUGACAUUCCGGCUGUGUCGUAUGUUGCGGCCGGAAUCGCUGCCGGUGCUCUAGUGAUAGGAGGCGCCUCAGCUAUCAGUGCCGCAGUUUCGGGAGCUGCAGCUGGCGCAGGAUCAAGUGUAGGGGGUGUCGGAACGAUAAGUCCAACUUUUGGAGAAGUAUUCGGUGUGUUCCACGGCUUUGCUCUGAACGGAAUGAUGUCAGCACCGCUGCCCCAAAUCUACCGGAGCUUCUCGAAGAACUUCGCUUUCUCAACAGGCCUUAUCCCCUGGGAGGCUAUGCAAAUUGGCAUCGACAACUUCCGCGCUAAGACCGGUGGCGAUCUCUCGAAGGAUCGCGUAGAGCUUCUUAAGAACACGACCCUGGUUUUCCCAGACGGCUCGACGAUGAACACUAACAACACCUUAUUCAAACGCGCCUUUAAUGAUUUUGUAGUACUGGCUCGGGAUAUUGACACCCAAAUUAACUCAACAAUCCCGGCUGGUGAUGAUGCCAACCCAAGCGAAUCGUCGAUCCGUGCCGCAGUUUCUGGAAUCCAGGCGUUUGUCAAUACACUCGCGGUGCCCGAAUCCAAUACAUUUAUGACUGUUCUCGAAAUCGUCGCAAUAGUUAUUGGUGUCAUUAUCGUUAGCAUCCUCUUGGUCAAAGUCAUUCUAGAGGCUUGGGCUCUCUUCGGACGAUUUCCCAAAUCUCUAGCUGAUUUUCGAAAGCAUUACUGGGGAUCUAUUGCACGAGCUGUCACGUCUCUGAUUCUUCUGCUCUAUGGUAUUUGGGUUCUUUACUGCGUUUUUCAAUUCACAAAUGGAGACUCGUGGGCUGCGCAAUUGCUCGCUGCUGUCACUCUUGCUCUCUUUACCGGUAUCCUUGCCUUUUUCUCGUGGAAGAUUUGGAGUACAGCAAAAAAACUGAAAGAGAUCGAAGGAGACACCUCGAGCUUAUACGAGGACAAGCUAUACUGGCGUAAAUAUUCCCUCUUUUACGAAUCCUACAAGAAGGGGUAUUGGUGGGUAUUCAUGCCAUUCAUCCUCUACCUGUUUGCAAAGGGGACUGUGAUAGCGGCUACGGAUGGACACGGGAUGAUUCAGAGUAUCGCGUCGUUGAUCGUUGAGGGACUCUUCUUGAUCUUGCUAUUAUGGAGCCGUCCCUAUGAACGCAAGUCAGGCAACAUCAUCAACAUCGCUAUUCAAGUUGUUCGUGUACUUUCUGUGGUGUUGAUCCUUGUCUUUGUCGAGGAGUUCGGCAUCGCGCAAACAACCAAGACUGUUGCGGGAAUUGCUCUUAUCGCAGUGCAAUCCGCUCUUGCUGUCAUACUUGCCAUCUUGAUUCUUUGGAACACGAUUAUCUCCCUCUGCAAACAAAAUCCUCAUCAGAAGAAACGAAAAGAAAUGGAGAGAAUGCAGCGGGACACGUUGACAUCACUUGAUGCCCGUAACACGUUGUUAAUGGAACGGAAUAUGUCUCAUCAGGCUGAUUCUCUGCCAUUUGCCAAACGAAGUACAGUCGGUAGUGUAUCGGUUGGUGAGCCGGGGUCUCGCGGCUCAUCAGGCGGCAUAUCUGUAAACUCGGGCUACUUGAAAGCACCGAGUCAGAGCAGGCCGCUCACACCUUCGACUCCAUUCGUCGCUAACCAAAGCCGCGAGAAUCUCAUGGCCCCGCUAGAUCGGGAGCCGACAAUACCGAGUUUAGGGGAUUUUGGAACGCGCCAACCAUAUCAAGGGAGCUAUGGACCUGGGAUCUAUUCAUCGUAUCAAGGCCCCGGCAGAUAUUAGUCGUGCCUCGGUACAUUGAAAUAAUUAUAAGAGAAAG